AUCAGUUUUCCGCUUUCAGUAAACUGAGCAUUGUAUGAUGCAGCUAUUGCACAGAAUUUUAUUCGCGUUUCGCUUGUGAAGAGAGGCAGUAUUCUUGAAUAAUUCGGAGUGAUUAAACAAAUAAUGCGUUAAAAAUGCAGCUGCUUCAAUUGUUACUUCCGUUGCUAGUCUUAGUUUGUAUUCCGCUUACAAUCGCUUUUGAAAUUCAGGAUACUCUGAACAUAAUACAUGACGUUGAUGUCAUAGCCAGAGCUGUGCGUUCGCAUAUUGAGGACUUGGGCGCGAAAACAGGCGAUACAGACAUAAACAAUAUUCAGGACAAUCAUAACAAUGUGCUGGAGCACUUCAAAGCUGUGGACAAGCUAAUUAAUCAGGCUCGCAUGAAUUAUUCGCAUUUUGGAACGCAUAUUGUGGAAUCUAUCAGCGAUUUCAUUGUCGAUGAUGUGCUAGCAACCAUUCAAAUCAACGAAAUAACUCACGCAAUCAAUAAGAUCUCAAUGCGAUAUGACCAGAUCGUAGCUUACGAGGCUCGUAAGGAGAGUCUCGAGAUAAACACGCUCAUUUCAUUCGCUGAAUGGGCAGCUCUGCCAAGUGCUGAGUCCGUGCAGCAUUCCAUGGAGCGCCUGGGCUUCACACUUUUCGGUCGCAUUCAAAACGCGACCGAUUUUAAACCAACGUCACGCAUCUUAGUGAACCGCAUAAUGAAGAGCUAUGAGGAAUCAUUACAGCAAAGGUGCAGCACACGAUUGUCGCCACAGCAAUUUCUUUACUCGCUGUACGCAGAGAUCGCACUGAUCGAAUUAAAAGGAUACACAUUAAUGGAGUUCUCUACGAUGAUUCUAAGAGUUUCGGAUCUAGGAAAUUUCAUUAAUGAGACUGAACUUUUCCGUCUCAACCAUAAGAAACGUACCGAGCACGCUUUGAAUGUACUCAGGCAUGAAAUGCAACAAGCUGAUCGCAGCUUUUGGCGUUGUGAUCCUCCUGAGCACGUUGCUAAGGUUACCUACGACGAAGUUACACGCUUGCUGCAGGGCUACAUUGAAAAUGAAGACGGAUUGAAUGCCGACAGGACUUGCAAGCGAACUUGUGAUGCUUAUCAGGACACCAGAGUCUCGGGCUGCAUCAGUGAUUCGUUUUGUAGCAGCCAACCUCAAUGCUCUGGUCGCGUUCACGAUUGUCGGUUUAUCGAUUCCAAAAUGUGGGUGUGCCAAUCGCCACAGAUGAGCACUCGACGCUAUGAGUACAUUCAAUAUGAGAAUGGACAAGACCUGGGACAUCGUAAGGCUUGUGGGCGUGGCACCAAUAAGGUCGAUAGCUGGUGGCGUUGGCUGUUCUGGCAUUGCAGCUUCUGCUUCUGUUUGUGUGACGAGCAGAGUACAAAGUCCGAUCGUUACUUUAAUCUCCGGGAAACCGUAUCGGAUGUGGAGGCGAACAAAGUGGUGACUGGAGUGCGAAUUAUAAAGAAGAAUCGAAUAUUCCAUUUGCAAAUACAGCAAGGACAACUCUUGCCGAGAGGUGUAAUCAACGAAUCAACUGUUCACUGGAAACCCGUCCAUGACUACUACAUCUCUGGAUGGAAUGUUAAGCAGGGCGUUGACUAUCAUGCCAUGAGCUACCAUAGUCGUGCCAUCGAUCUCGGUGACGUAGAUAAUCGCAAUGAUGUCUCAUUUGUGGUAACUGGAGUGCAAUUCGUCUUAAUCAAUGGAAAACUGAAGCUUAGAGUAGUGUUCAGUAAAUUUGACUUCGAGAGCGGAAAAGUAAUGGGCAGCGAUUGGUUGUCCAUUCGUACAAUCAGCGGUGAACAAUUAAAUCUUCAGAAUCUCGACAUACCUACACUAUCAGGUGCUAGCUCCAAGGUAUUGUCAAAUGGUUAUCAACAUUUGAAAUUUGUCAACACGGGAGUGCAAAAAGAUGCAGCACAAACGACAAUUCCGUUUAUUGAUAUCCAGGAUGUUGUAGCCAGUCACUCGACACCUUUACACGGCAUUGGCAUCUACUAUAAAGGUACUCCAGGCUAUGGAGGAUUUAUUGCUCCCAAAAUUAUCAAUUACGAUUAUUCUCCUCAUAUUGGAAUGCCGAUUACUCAACCCUAA